AUGGUCGCUUCAUAUCGAGGUCAUGUCAAUUACCCUCCCCUCGAUGGAUCUUUGUCCCUCCCUCAAUUGGUUGAAUUCAAUGCGCAACAUAACUCGGACGUCACUUUCUUUGUCUACGACAAACCCGACAGCAAUGACCUGGUCUCUAUCUCUCAUUCAGACCUCUAUCGAGCUUGUCAUCGGGCCGCCCAGGCAAUUAGACCAGCCUCCGCAGGCGCAGACAAAGAAGUAGUCGCCCUCAUCGCGAACUCCGACACCCUUCUUUACCAGACAGUAUUCAUGGGCAUAAUAUUCGCUGGGCUGGUUCCGUUCCCUAUGUCCCCCCGUAAUUCAGCGGCGGCAGUCACGAGCAUGAUGCAGAAAACAAGAUGCCGUCGUUUGAUCACCACUCGGCACUCUCUCGCUUCCCUAAUCGACGGAGUCGAAGCGGGUCUGCUAUCUGCCACUGAAACGAGCCAGCUGCAGAUUGACGAGAUUCCAGCGCUGAAAUACCUGUACCCAUCACUCGUUAGUGGUACUCCCAACGAGGCUAGUGACCCGUACCCUUCCCUAGGUCCGCCGUCGUCUGAGAACGAUGUAUUAUUCUACCUGCACUCCUCUGGCAGCACUGGCUUCCCGAAACCUAUUCCAAUAAGUAACUUGACUUCCAUCCACUGGUGCCUAACGCCAUCUAUCUACGACCUGACUAACCAUCCCACUCCUAUUCUCCUCGGUGCUGCGUCCUUGCCACCAUUUCAUACCCUUGGUAUAUAUAUUCAGCUGCUCGCCCCUAUCGCCACCCUGAGCAGUGUGUCUAUUUACCCGCCUACAUCCUUGCUCGAUCCCUUGGCGACUCCUAUAGUACCCAACUCGCAAAACAUCCUAGACUCUGUACUCAAGACGAAAACGAACAUUUUGCCAGUUGUGUCUGCCUUUCUGGAACAGUGGGCGUUUUCUCCGACUGCCGUCGAUGUUCUGAAGACUCUCGAAUAUAUUAUCUAUGGUGGCGGUCCUCUCGUGCCUAAGAUCGGAAAUACUCUGGUGAAUGCAGGGGUCAAGCUUUCUUGUUGCUAUGGCGCUACAGAAUUUGGUAUCAACACUCAUUCUAUCCGAAAUUCGGUGGAUCAAAAAUUUUGGGACUGGGUGCGAUUCGGACCCAAUUCCAAGAUCAGAUGGGCUCCACAGGACGAUGGUACAUAUGAAUGUCAAGUCUUGUUGAUCUUCGAACACGCGUUGAAUGCUCUUUUGCCGACAAUUCCAACGCAUCGAGUGUCAGUAGAGAAUCUUCCGGACGUCAAGGGUUAUGCUACCUCAGAUGUAUUCAUCAAGCACCCGACCAUUGAGGGUCUGUGGAAGAUUGUAGGAAGGAUCGACGACGUUUUGACACUCUCGUCCGGGGAGAAGACAGUACCAGCUCCCAUGGAAAGCAUCAUCUGCGCCAACCUCUACGUAACCAGCGCCGUCAUCUUUGGCCGUGGACGCAAUCAAGUUGGGGUCCUCAUAGAGCCACGAGCAGGGUGUGAAAUUGACGUUGAUGACGAAAAGCAACUUGCCGAGUUUAGGAACCGAGUGUGGCCGGACAUAGAGGAUGCGAAUCAGGAGGCUCCUGCCUUCAGCAGGAUCUUCAAAGAAAUGAUUCUUGUGACACACGGCGAGAAGCCCAUGCUUCGAGCUGGAAAAGGGACCGUCAUGAAGAAAGCAACCCUCAAGCUGUAUGAGGAGGAGAUCAAUGUCCUAUAUGAAAAGGUCGAGGGCAGCACUAGAGCAGGUAUCGAUGUACCUUUGCCCACAAGCUGGACUGCGGAAGAUGUUGAGGGAUGGCUCAAGGUCCACGCUGCUGCUGUGAACGCCGACAAGGAAGUUGAUCCUGAUGCGGACCUUUUCACUCAGGGAUUUGACAGUAUCUCUGCGACAUUUCUUAAAAACCGCAUUAUCGGCUCUCUCAGCUCAUCUUCAGAUCGUGACCUUCAGGCAUCAGCAUCACGGAUUGACCAGAACAUCAUAUUUUCAAGUCCUUCGAUUCGCCAGCUCGCGAGAAGCGUUAUUAAUGCGGUAUUGCAGCGGAAUGGUACAACUACCGUCGACGCCAAGGCCGAUAUCGAGAACAUGAUCGAGAGGUAUUCAGUCGGAUUAGGGAACUCUGUCACAGAGGUCGACACCACUCCAGUUAAUGGGUGCAGCCAAAGCGAUCAUGUGGUUGCCCUGACCGGGUCUACUGGUGGUCUUGGCUCGUACCUGCUUGCAGAUCUACUCCAGCGUGAGAACGUGUCUGCGGUAUAUGCCUUCAAUCGCCCGUCAAAGGGGGCAUCCAUACAACAACGACAGGAAAACUCGUUCAGAGAUCGCGGUUUAGAUUUCACCGUACUCCAAUCUGACAAACUAGUGUAUGUGGAAACUGAUACAUCCGAUGACCACCUAGGGCUGGAUAAAGAGUUAUACCAGAAGAUCUGCACGUCUGUCACUGUCAUCAUUCACAACGCUUGGCGACUCGACUUUAACCUAGCGCUCUCGUCAUUCGACACUCAUGUGCGAGGAAUGUGGAAUCUUAUAGAUUUGGCACUAUCUUCUCCGCGUCAUCCAAAGCCGCGUUUCAUGUUCGCAUCUUCCAUCUCGUCUGCUCAAAGUUGGGAUAAAGCGAAAGGACCAUUCCCUGAAGAAGUGAAAUACGACGCAGGGGUCGCAGUAGGUUUUGGCUACGGCGCGAGCAAAUAUGUUUCGGAAAGGGUUCUUGUCAACAGCAAGUUACCAGCAUCAUCAUUCAGAAUUGGACAAGUAUCGGGAGGACCCCCGCGAGGAGCUUGGUCUACGACAAACUGGCUACCGAUCAUCGUCAAAUCAAGUGUCAGUCUAGGCGCACUUCCCGAAGCUAAAGGAGUAAGUCCGUCACUAUCGAGGUUUGUGUCUUGGAUCCCUGCCCACGCCGUAUCAAAUGCCAUUCUUGAUGUAGCUUUCGCGGAAGAAGAACCUCCCAUCGCGGUGAAUCUGGUGCAUCCGAGACCGACUGCAUGGAAGACGUUGAUGCAGCCCAUUGCGGACGCCCUGGUUGAGCGCAAAGUAACAAGUUACCCGCUACCUCUUGUGCCAUUCUCAGAGUGGCUCGAAAAGCUCGAAACGAGUGCCAAGGACUUGAGCGAAGAGACCAUGGAACGCAUCCCUGCCAUCAAGCUUCUCAACUUCAUGCGUUCCAUGACUCAAUCAGACAUCGCGAUUAGGGCAUCCGGAGAGAUGCGAUCCGAAGCGGGUGGCAUGACUUUAUUCACCACUGCCGUAGCCGAACGCGUCAGUCCAACGAUGAAGGAACUGAAGUCGCUGUCUUCGGCAGAUGCGGCACAGUGGGUGGAUUAUUGGGAGGCAAUGGGAAUGUUUCAAUGA